AAGAAAAACGACGAAGACGGAAGCCAAUAUAAUCCGCAGUUCAUCCACCUCGCCGCACUCACCCACGGAGAAAGCAAGGACAUGGGGCUAGUUCAGCUAGUGCCAUAUUAAAGUAGCUAGCAGCGCAGUACGUUAGUUUUCCAUUAGUUUGACCGACUAAAAGCCGUUAUCGGAGCCAGGAACAUGGCGUUAAUCUUGUUGACGAGGUCUCGCACUCCACUGAUGAAAACAUCUCGCUCGUUAAAGAGCGAUUUCCGCAACGGGAAGCUUCAAGAUGGCUCCUGUUUCAGCUGUACAUCUCUCAGACUCUCCAGUCAAAGUAGACUGGAUGGUGAUAGGCUGGUGGUCCGAGGUGGGAGCUUGGCUCCACCCUCCUUCCUAGGCCCCUCGCUGCAUACGGCAUCAGACAGCUACAGGGUUCCAGGCCACGUCACAGACCACACCCCUUCUAUGAGGCUGUACUCUGCUGUAGUGGAAGGCUCCUCCACCACCUCCUCUCUGUACCACCUGGGAGGUGGGUACCCACAGUGGACGGCAUCCUGGCGAGGGAGGGGGAACGUGGUCGGGGUACGGUGGAUACACACCUCCAGAUGUCUCCGUGACGACUCUAAAGUAGAGAAGUCUCUCCGCUCUCUGAAGGAUAAGAACAAGAAGCUCGAGGAGGGCGGGCCGGUGUACAGUCCUACAGUAGACCAUACCAUAGUCAGGAGAACUAUAGGACAACGUGUUCUAGACGAGGUUAAACACUACUACCACGGCUUCCGACUGCUGUGGAUCGACACUACCAUCGCUGGACGCAUGCUGUGGCAGGUCCUCAACGGGCACCCCCUGUCCCGACGGGAGAGGAGACAGUUCCUAAGAACUUGUGCCGAUGUCUUUCGACUCCUUCCCUUCCUGGUGUUCAUCAUUGUGCCAUUCAUGGAGUUCCUGCUUCCUGUGGCACUGAAGCUCUUCCCCAACAUGCUGCCCUCAACCUUUGAGACGCAGUCCAAGAAGGAGGAGAGGCUGAAGACGGAGCUGCGUGUGAAGCUGGAGAUGGCUAAAUUCCUCCAGGACACUGUAGAGGAGAUCGCUCUGAGGAACAAGGUUGCCAAGGGAAACGUCACAGAGGAGUUCUCUACCUUCUUUCAGAAGAUCCGUGACUCAGGGGAGCGUCCCAGUAAUGAGCAGAUCAUCAGGUUCUCUAAGCUGUUUGAGGAUGAGUUGACUCUGGACAACCUGACUCGUCCUCAGCUGGUUGCUCUUUGUCGUCUGUUGGAGCUACAGUCUAUAGGAACCAACAACUUCCUUCGCUUUCAACUCAUCAUGAAGCUACGAGCCAUCCGCGCUGACGACAAGUUGAUAGCUGAAGAGGGGGUGGACACUCUGAGUGUGAAUGAGCUCCAGGCAGCCUGUCGAGUCAGAGGGAUGAGAGCUCUGGGAGUCACAGAGGAGAGGCUGAGAGAACAGCUCCAGCAGUGGUUGGAGCUGCACCUGAACCAGCACAUCCCCACCUCACUCCUCCUCCUCUCCAGAGCCAUGUUCCUCCCAGAUACUCUCUCACCUGCAGACCAGCUCAAGACCACCCUGCAGAAUCUGCCUGACAUAGUGGCUAAGGAGGCCCAGGUUAAGGUGGCUGAGAUGGAGCUGUCCCAGGUGGACAACAAGACCAAGCUGGAAGCCACGCUGCAGGAGGAGGCAGCGAUACGUCAGGAUAACAAGGACCGAGAGAUGGAGAGGUUGGCGGACGCAGCAGAGAGGACAGAAUACUCCCUCACUAGUGUGGACAUGGCUGUACACUCAGAGACACUACGAGACACAGCGCCUGUCCUAGAGGGCAUCAAGGGAGAGGAGAUCACUAAGGAAGAGAUAGACAUGUUGAGUGAUGCAUGUACCCAGCUGAGGGAACAGAAGAAGUUACUCACCCUGGAAAAGGAGGAGCUAGAGGACCUGAAAGAUGACGUGCAGGAGUACAGCGAGGACCUAAAGGAGAUAAAGAAGGAGUUAUCUAAGACUGGCCAGGAGAAGGCCGUGCAGGAGAGUAAGGCCUCUCAGCGGCUCUCUAAGAGGGUCAACAGGAUGAUCAGUAGGAUAGGCAAGAUCAUCACAGAACUGGAGCAGGACAAGGUGGUCCUCGACGGACAGAUGGACAGACCAUCCACUCCUCCUAUUGGCCUUCUGUUUACCUUUAGGGAGAACCUGAUCAGUAUCAACGAGCUCAUCACUGUCAUGAGGCAGAUCCAGAACAUUCCAGAGCACAAGCUGCAGAGCAUCGCUGACGCUCUCGAUGACAACAAGGACGGGAAGAUCGACAUUGAUGAUGUCAUCAAGUUGGUGGAGUUGAUUGACAAGGAGGACAUUGACAUCAACACCAGCCAGGUAGCAGAAAUCAUGGUGAUGCUGCAGAAGGAGGAGAAGCUGCAAGAGAAGGAGAAGGCCCAGAAGGAGCAGGCUGCUAAGUUAAAUAACUAGCCCACAGAAGAGGCUCUGCUUGGGGGAGGAAACCACCUCCGAGAUGACGUAACUGGAGCUAAUCUCUGGACCCCAGACCUCCGUAUACCCUGACCAGUCGACCGGCACCAUGAACUACCACCCACUCUAAACAGUUUCUUCCAAUAGAAUUAGAGGCUGACUUUUUGUUCAGAAAUUUGUUUCAGAAAGGCUUUUGUGCCCUUAUGAACAUUAUUUCAACUUAUCCCAAAGUACCCAAAAAUUAUACUCGAACAACAUAGUCUUAGAAUCAAAUGAUGUUUCUGGGACCCAAUCUAUCUAUCUAAUGGUAGCACUGGGACCCAAGCUAGCUAUCUAAUGGUAGCACUGGGACCCAAGCUAGCUAUCUAAUGGUAGCACUGGGACCCAAGCUAGCUAUCUAGUGGUAGCACUGGGACCCAAGCUAGCUAUCUAGUGGUAGCACUGGGACCCAAGCUAGCUAUCUAAUGGUAGCACUGGGACCCAAGCUAGCUAUCUAAUGGUAGCACUGGGACCCAAGCUAGCUAUCUAAUGGUAGCACUGGGACCCAAGCUAGCUAUCUAGUGGUAGCACUAGGACCCAAGCUAGCUAUCUAGUGGUAGCACUGGGACCCAAGCUAGCUAUCUAAUGGUAGCACUGGGACCCAAGCUAGCUAUCUAGUGGUAGCACUGGGACCCAAGCUAGCUAUCUAGUGGUAGCACUGGGACCCAAUCUAGCUAUCUAGUGGUAGCACUGGGACCCAAGCUAGCUAUCUAGUGGUAGCACUGGGACCCAAGCUAGCUAUCUAAUGGUAGCACUGGGACCCAAGCUAGCUAUCUAAUGGUAGCACUGGGACCCAAGCUAGCUAUCUAAUGGUAGCACUGGGACCCAAGCUAGCUAUCUAGUGGUAGCACUAGGACCCAAGCUAGCUAUCUAGUGGUAGCACUGGGACCCAAGCUAGCUAUCUAAUGGUAGCACUGGGACCCAAGCUAGCUAUCUAGUGGUAGCACUGGGACCCAAGCUAGCUAUCUAGUGGUAGCACUGGGACCCAAGCUAGCUAUCUAGUGGUAGCACUGGGACCCAAGCUAGCUAUCUAGUGGUAGCACUGGGACCCAAGCUAGCUAUCUAGUGGUAGCACUGGGACCCAAGCUAGCUAUCUAGUGGUAGCACUGGGACCCAAGCUAGCUAUCUAGUGGUAGCACUGGGACCCAAGCUAGCUAUCUAGUGGUAGCACUGGGACCCAAGCUAUCUCAUGGUAGUACUUGGUUAGAUAUGCUUUAUCUCAGCCAUGUGUGAAACUCAUUCCAGGGAGGGGCGAGUGUCUGGGUUUCUGCUCCACACUUGUACUAUUUAAUAAGGAACUCACCUCACCUGGGUGUCUAGGUCUUAAUUGAAAGGAAAAACCAAAAACCUGCAGACACUCGACCUUACGUGGAAUGAGUUUGACACCCCUGAUCUAUGCCUUCAUCAGGUACGUAAUAAGGCCGUGGCAACAAUGAUAUGAUAUAACAGGGUCUCCUAUCUCACAGCUACAGUUUACAAAACAUUAAGGACACCAUCCUGAUAUGGCGUUCCACCCCCUUUAGCUCUCAGAACAGCCUCAAUUUGGCACGGCAUGGACUCUACAAGGUGUCCAAAGCUUUCCACAGGGAUGCUGGCUGUUGUUGAUUCCAAUGCUUCCCACAAUUGUGUCAAUUCGUCUGCAUGGACCAAUCUUGAUACACGCGUGAAACUCAGCAGCGUUGCGGUUCUUGACACAAACCGGUGCUUCUGGCACCUACUACCAUACCCCGCUCAAAGACACCUACUACCAUACCCCGCUCAAAGACACCUACUACCAUACCCCGCUCAAAGACACUGACUACCAUACCCCGCUCAAAGACACCUACUACCAUACCCCGCUCAAAGACACCUACUACCAUACCCCGCUCAAAGACACUUAAAGAUUUUGUCUUGCCCAUUCACCCUCUGACUGGCACACACAUACACAAGGGUUAAAAGUCCUUCUUAAACCUGUCUCCUCCCCUUCAUCUACCCUGAUUUGAAGUGGAUUUAACAAGUGACAUCAAUAAGGGAUCAUAGCUUUCACCUGGUCAGUCUGUCAUGGAAAGAGCAGGUGUUCCUAAUGUUUUGUACAUUCAGUGUAUAUAGCCAUACUUUACAACCUGUAUAAUGGCUCUGGUUUGAGAUGAACCAGCUUGCCUUCUAUUCAUUCAACCAUCAAAGGAAUGAUUCGUUCUUCAAGAUCACUCCUCGACUUUGCACACUAAAUCUCAUUCAUUUAUUCCACUCAGCCCAAUUUGCUUUUGAUUUAACUUUAUUUCGUUGUUUUCUUAGCUCCUGAUGUUAAUACGUGUUAACUGAGUUGUUGCUAUUUAUUGUGUUGAAUGUAACAUAAAGAUGUAGGUAAUGCAUUCUAGAGGCUUUCGGGUUCGUCACCCAAGGGACCCCAUUACUUAUAGGAUCCAUAGGAGUUUAUGACCUGUCAAAGUUCUACUGUAGACUAUACCUGAUGUUAGGAGAGACAGACCUGCCCGGUCUCUCUAUUUGACCAGAACCUUAUCAUUUUCAAACCCAUUCUAACUGACUAAAGAAGCAAUCAAAUGUAAUGAAAUCAAUAAUCGGUUGUGUUGAGCUGCAUGGAGCACAGGGUGAGUCUGACCAAUCAGCAUCUUGGCCUUGAAUAGAACCAGACAUUACGGAUAUUGUCAAAGAUGUAUUGUUGUUUUUGAUGAAUAUAUAAUAUUCUGCCCACUUUGACUUGAGUACUUGACUUUGUUACUAAAUCCACGGAGGUGUGUAUAGAGUUAGUUUGGUUGAGUUGUAUUGGACAUCAGAAGGUAUGUCUGUCUGAUACACAUUGAUUUCAGAACCGUCCUUAUUUCUGAGCUCUAGGCAGAGAAGUGUACGAGCCUGUUGCUGGUUCGGAGGGCUAGGGUGAGAAGGAUAUUGAGAUGUUACCUUUAAUCCAUUCCUGGAACACAUUGGGGUUUGCUGUGACGCUGGAGGGUUGGCUGUCGUCUGAUAUAUGAUCUGCUCACACUAGGAAUGGGCGGUAUCCAUAUUUUCAUAUCAGACCAUCCUCUUAUCCCGGGAUUUACAGUAUUACCGGUUUAGUACACAAGUGCGCACCAAAAAAAUCCCUUUGGGCGUCUUAUUAGUAGAAUGCUAACAAAAUUAGCACAAGUAAUGGCAUGGAGGCUGCUACCUAAACAUGCUAACGAGCGCAGACAAAAAUAAGUUAAUUGCAAAGACAUGCAGUCCAGCGCAUAACAUUCUACGUAUAUAGGUAGGCGCUACUGAAUGUAAUUUUUGGUGAGUUUGUACAUUCACAAGUGCAUGUGAACGAGAGACAUUGUGCAAAUGAACAGUACUGACUCUGGAGCACCAUGUCUACAUGCUGUGUCUGUGGAGUCUGGAGUCGCUCGGGCAACGGGCCUGCCUGCUCUGCUUAGAAGGUGGGGGCGGAGCAGACGAGAGUAGAAAAAAUGAAAGGAAAUCAAGAGGGCAGUGGCAGCUGGACAGAACUGAUCCAAAGGGCUUUGACGACUUAAUCAUGGCAGAAAGCGAACACAAUAUGAUGCCCCCCAUACCUUAUUAAUUUAGCCACUUGGAUAGCUAGCAAGUUAAUUCAGCAUUUUUCAAUUAGGAAAAAUAGAAAAUGCAUUAGAAAUAUCUUUCUGAGUUUUGUAAACACAUUCCUAAAAUGCUUCUUAUUGUCAUUUCUGCCGAGACUAAUUUUGUGCUUCAGUUGCACUUCUAAACUCAUAAUUCAGGACCAGGCCUUCUAUCGGCAGGCAGCGCUCUGACUGAUACCGUCUAUCGGCAGGCAGCGCUCUGACUGAUACCGUCUAUCGGCAGGCAGCGCUCUGACUGAUGCCGUCUAUCGGCAGGCAGCGCUCUGACUGAUACCGUCUAUCGGCAGGCAGCGCUCUGACUGAUACCAUCUAUCGGCAGGCAGCGCUCUGACUGAUACCUCCUGUCGGCAGGCAGCGCUCUGACUGAUACCAUCUAUCGGCAGGCAGCGCUCUGACUGGUACCGUCUAUCGGCAGGCAGCGCUCUGACUGAUACCAUCUAUCGGCAGGCAGCGCUCUGACUGGUACCUCCUGUCGGCAGGCAGCGCUCUGACUGGUACCUCCUGUCGGCAGGCAGCGCUCUGACUGGUACCUCCUGUCGGCAGGCAGCGCUCUGACUGGUACCUCCUGUCGGCAGGCAGCGCUCUGACUGGUACCUCCUGUCGGCAGGCAGCGCUCUGACUGGUACCUCCUGUCGGCAGGCAGCGCUCUGACUGGUACCUCCUGUCGGCAGGCAGCGCUCUGACUGAGCUACUUUUCGCUCUACUUUUCUCGGUGUAGCCAGACUAUUUUUCUCCUGUUGAAUGUAAGACAUUAGGAAAUGUAGCUGCCUACAUUCUUCCUAUGGUUGGCCUAAACAUUAGAAAUGUUGGCCACCUUGCUUUUCAUUGUAGGUUCAUUUACUUUUGUGGCUGUCAGGCAAAUAUCAUUACACUUCUGUUGUCAUCUGAUGAAAAUGAAGCUAUUUUCGGCCUGAUGUGUUGCACAAAUGUAUUUUCUGUGAAGGAAAACUAUAGUUGCACGGUCCUGAUCACUAUAUUGAAGCAAAAAAGACUUUGCAUAUAAAACGCGACACCUGUCGAUAUACAGCUGGACUCACCUGCUCCCGCUUUCUCACGUUGUGCUGUUUACAAACAAACACAUGACUGGGUCAGCUGUUCUGGGGGACUAUGGUAACUUCAUAAUGUGACUGGGUCAGCUGUUCUGGGGGACUAUGGUAACUUCAUAAUGUGACUGGGUCAGCUGUUCUGGGGGACUAUGGUAACUUCAUAAUGUGACUGGGUCAGCUGUUCUGGGGGACUAUGGUAACUUCAUAAUGUGACUGGGUCAGCUGUUCUGGGGGACUAUGGUAACUUCAUAAUGUGACUGGGUCAGCUGUUCUGGGGGACUAUGGUAACUUCAUAAUGUGACUGGGUCAGCUGUUCUGGGGGACUAUGGUAACUUCAUAAUGUGACUGGGUCAGCUGUUCUGGGGGACUAUGGUAACUUCAUAAUGUGACUGGGUCAGCUGUUCUGGGGGACUAUGGUAACUUCAUAAUGUAAAAUGUGUGAGAUGAAAUGAAGAAUGCAAUCUGCUUUAUCUCUUAAUGUAUUGCACAAGUUGACUACAGUUAUUUACUUUAAAACAAUCUACAAAUAUUAAAAUGUAUUGGAAAAACUUCAAAUAUAUAUCAUAUAUGAUAUAUACUGUAUACCGCCAAAGCCUAGUUCAGGAGGAGUCUUCAACCACUAGUGAAGAGGAGUCUUCAACCACUUGAGGACAGAGGAACGUGUAGAGGAGGAGUCAAUUGCACACAAGGUCCAACCAAAAUUUGACUUAUGUUUGUAACCCAACUCCUCUGGAAGAGACACAUUCUAUAUACAGGUAUUGGAGAGGUGCAGGGGCUACACUGUGCGUCCAGGGAGCUGUUGUUGUGGGGGGUUUAAGUGCCUUGCUCAAGGGCACAAUGGCAGGUUAGUGGCAUCUAGGAUUUGAUACCAGCAACCUUCCAGCUGACUUCCCGACAGAUUCUUCUGGUCGGCCCGGGAUUGAAACUGGCAACCCUCCGGCUGCUGGCUGGCCUCUAACCGCAAGGGGGAAAUUAUUUUAUGGAGUUUGUAAUUGCACUAUAGUCUAUUAGUCUAAUAAUCAAAUCCAUGUUUGUUGUCCAUGUGGACUCAGGGCGUAUCUGACUGUGUACCCUGGUUCUGCGAUACUAGAGAAGACAAUAUUUGAAGCAAUAAGUCAUUCAUAGUUUUUAUUGGAGAAAAAUUAAGUGAACGAUAUGCUUUUUUUUGAGAGAUCGUACAUUGUAAUAGCUAAUUUAUCAUCUGAUGAAAUGCUAUUUUAGUGUAUAGUGUUUCGGAUUGGGAUUGUUUUUAAAGUUGAAAUCAUCUGCACAUCUAGAGUCUGGUGGGCAUCAUGUUAGAGUGAGUAACUAUCCCUCCUGACUGGCAGCAGGUUAGGGUGAGUAACCAUCCAUCCUGACUGGCAGCAUGUUAGGGUGAGUAACUAUCCCUCCUGACGGGCAGCAUGUUAGGGUGAGUAACUAUCCAUCCUGACUGGCAGCAUGUUAGGGUGAGUAACCAUCCAUCCUGACUGGCAGCAGGUUAGGGUGAGUAACUAUCCAGCCUGACUGGCAGCAUGUUAGGGUGAGUAACUAUCCAUCCUGACUGGCAGCAUGUUAGGGUGAGUAACCAUCCAUCCUGACUGGCAGCAGGUUAGGGUGAGUAACUAUCCAGCCUGACUGGCAGCAUGUUAGGGUGAGUAACUAUCCCUCCUGACGGGCAGCAUGUUAGGGUGAGUAACUAUCCAUCCUGACUGGCAGCAUGUUAGGGUGAGUAACCAUCCAUCCUGACUGGCAGCAGGUUAGGGUGAGUAACUAUCCCUCCUGACUGGCAGCAUGUUAGGGUGAGUAACCAUCCAUCCUGACUGGCAGCAUGUUAGGGUGAGUAACUAUCCAGCCUGACUGGCAGCAUGUUAGGGUGAGUAACUAUCCCUCCUGACUGGCAGCAUGUUAGGGUGAGUAACCAUCCAUCCUGACUGGCAGCAUGUUAGGGUGAGUAACUAUCCCUCCUGACUGGCAGCAUGUUAGGGUGAGUAACUAUCUAUCCUGACGGGCAGCAUGUUAGGGUGAGUAACCAUCUAUACUGACUGGCAGCAGGCUAGCAGUAACCUAUAGUAACCUAUAAGUUGUAUAGCAUCAGAUUGGCAGUAUGAUGGAGGAGGACCUGGACAACAGACAGAACUGACACCAAUCUAAGUUCUAGAAGAGAAUUCUGUAAUAGUUCUAUUGAAGUCUGCUCUACACUAGUUCUAAGGCUAGUUACUAGAGCUUGGUUCGUAUCAUGUCUGAUAUUAUGCACUGCUAUUGUUUUAUGUUCUUAAUGACCAUUGCACCAAACUCUGGUUAGAGGAUUAAAUUAGGUUUGAGAAGCAAGACGUUGCAGUAUAAUGACAUUCACUACUUAAAAUGUUAAUGAAAAUAAAUCCAAUGUUCUUAAUAACCUGUGCUUAUAUUGAAGAUAUUGUAUAAUUCUGUUUAUUUAAUGUUUAUUUAAUCAAACUGAAAAGUUGAAUAACAUUUUGAACAUGAUUCAGAUGACUUGGUAGCGAUAGUUUACUUCAACAUUAGUCCAAAUCAGAGCUUUUUUGUCAUAAAUCAAAUCUUUAUGUAAAUAAUUAACUUUUACAUAAAAUGGCACAAGUGUUUGAAUAAACUUUGGUUGAUCCUGAA